AUGGAAAUGGACUCGUUCACGACCGUCCUCAAACGGGACUCUUGUUUCAACGGAAAUGGAUAUGAUGGACACAUGGGACUCCGAAUUUCUUCUAUCUUCGUUAUUAUGAUCGGAUCAACCUUCGGUGCGCUCUUCCCCUGGGCUUUUUUCAUUGCCAAAUACUUCGGUUCUGGUGUUAUUGUUGCCACUGCUUUCAUCCAUCUACUCGCUCCGGCUGAAGAAGCAUUGACCAAUACUUGUUUGACUGGCGUGAUCACAGAAUACAGUUGGGUCGAGGCUAUUGUUCUGAUGACAAUUAUCGUUUUGUUCUUUGUCGAGUUAAUGGUGAUGCGUUUCUCUCAUUUUGGCGCCGGUCACGUACACGAUGAUGAAGGCCAUUCUCACACCCAGCUUGAGGCUGGACUUCCUAUCACUGAGGAGGUGACACAGAGCAAGCACUACAUCCCGGGAGAAGACCAUCUAAGCCACACACGCGAGCACCAUGACGCGGAUGACUCCGAGAAAGAACGUGCUGCAGUUGAGGAUUAUGCUGCACAGCUGACCUCGAUCUUCAUCCUAGAGUUUGGCAUUAUCUUCCACUCCGCCUUCAUUGGUCUGACACUUGCUGUGACCGGCUCUGGAUUUAUCACUCUGUAUGUUGUGCUUAUCUUUCACCAGACCUUCGAAGGUCUUGGUCUUGGUUCUCGCCUGGCUCAGAUUCCUUGGCCCAAAGCCAAACGUCUCACACCAUACUGGCUCGGUCUUGGCUUUGGUCUCUCCACCCCUAUCGCCAUUGCUGUUGGUUUGGGUGUUCGUCAAAUCUACCCUCCAGACUCUGCCAAGACUCUUAUUGUCACUGGCGUUUUCGACUCGAUCUCUGCUGGUAUCCUUAUCUACACUGCAUUAGUGGAGUUGAUGGCGCACGAGUUUAUGUUCAGUGCUUCUAUGCGUCAAGCGCCCAUUCGUGAUGUCUUACUUGCAUUCUUGUUGUUGUGCAUGGGUGCCGGCUUAAUGGCUCUGCUGGGCAAGUGGGCAUAA